AGUCUUUCUUCUCCGUCUCAUUCCCCUUACGAUUUUCAUCAAACACCGUACGAUGCGAGGCGCAUCAAAGCUCAUCCGAAAAACCCAACCUUUCGCAAAAUCAAGAUUAGGGUUUUGCUCCAACAUCUCCAAACAAGAAGAUCAAGAAACCAUUAAACAAAUCUCACUCUCUCUCCACCUUCAAGAAGAUGACUGGCUUUCACCCAUCAAAUCAUUACAAAACCUCAACAAAACCCUAAACCCAGAUGUAAUCGAAUCAAUACUUCGUCAAAAUCAAUCAUGUGAUCCAAAACGACUCCACCUUUUCUUCGACUGGGCCUCUACUCAAAUGGGUAUUUCUCAAAAUUCUCAAAAGUUUCAAAAUUUGAAGUCUUUUUUGAUUCUUGCUAUGUGUUAUUGUAACGGUAAUCAGUUAAGAAAAGCUAGUGAUGUUCUUGACCAAAUGAUAGAUACCCAUAAGCCGUUUUUACUUUCGGAUGUUGUAGAUGCGGUUGCAGGUGUUGGGUUAAGUUCUGUAGGGUUUUCGCAGUUGAUUUAUGCUUAUAAGAAUAAGGGUAUGUUUGAUGAAGCGGUUUGUUUGUUGUUGAGUUUGAAAAGUGACGAUGUGUUUCCGAAUUCGGUGUGUUUGAACUCGUUGAUGAGGGAUUUGUUGAGGAAUAAUAAGAUGGAUUUGUUUUGGAAGGUGAAUGAGAGGUUAGUUGAGGGUAAGGUGACCCGUGAUGUUUAUAUGUAUAGUCAUGUGAUUACGGCGUAUUGUAAAAGUGGGAAAAUGGACGAGGCGAAAAGGGUGUUUUUGGAAAUGGAGGAGAACAAUUGCAGCCCGAAUUUGGUAACGUACAACCUUUUAAUUGGAGGGUUAUGUAGACACGGGCUUGUCGAUGAAGCUCUUAAGUAUAAGAAAUCAAUGACUGUAAAAGGUUUGGUUCCCGAUGAGUAUACGUAUGCGAUAGUCAUAGAUGGGUUAUGCAAAGCGAAGAGAUCAAGUGAUGCGAAACUCGUUUUAGACGAUAUGAAAAAAGCUGGUUUGGUUCCUAAACCGGCUACGUACAGUUCGUUGAUUGAAGGGUUCAGGAGAGAAGGUAAGAUAGAGGAAGCUUUAUGGUUCAAAGACGAGAUGGUAGCUAAGAGUUACGAACCGCGGUCCGCUUUGUGGUGCGUCAACGUUCUAAUGAGAGAUUUGUUGCGACUAGAUAAAAUGAAGUCGUUUUGGAACGAGUAUGAGAAAAUGUUGGCUAAGAAGUUAAAUCCCAAUAGUUUUACGUAUACGAAUUUGAUCGGUGGUUACGCGAGUGUAGGGAAAUUCGAUGAAGCGAAAAAGUUGUUUUCGGAAAUGAGUAACAAGGGUUAUAACCCGAAUUUAGUAACGUACAAUGUGUUUAUUAGCGGGUUGUGUAAAGUGGGCCUUAUCGAUGAAGCUUUUGAGUUAAAAAGAUCAAUGGCAACGAAGGGUUUAACGCCUGAUAUUUAUACGUACACGAAUCUUAUAGACGGGUUAUGCAAAUUGAAGAGAUCUCAAGAUGCAAAACUGCUUUUAGAAGACAUGUUACAUGCGGGUUUGUAUCCGGAUAGUUUUACAUAUACCGCGUUGAUCGACGGGUUCUUGAAACAAGGCGAAGUAGACGAGGCGUUCAAGAUGAAAGACGAAAUGGUCGCUAAAGGGAUCGAAGUUAGUCUUGUGACAUUUAAUUGCAUAAUUGAUGGAUUAUGUAAGCUCGGUCAGUGUGAUAAGGCGAUAGAGAUUCUCGAAAACAUGAAGGAAGCGCGUGUUUUACCGGACGUUUUUUGCUACAAUUCGUUGAUUAUUGGUCUUUGCAAGGCAAACAGAAUGGAGGAAGCGCGUGUGUUUUUGGCCGAAAUGACGGAAAACGGAGUAAAGCCGAACACUUUCACUUACGGGGCGUUUAUUUCCGCUUAUAACAAUAUAGCAGAAGUUAAGCUUGCAAACGUGUAUUUCAGUGAAAUGAUCGGUCUUGGAAUCGUUCCCGAUCAAGCGAUUUUGACGUCUGUUAUCGACGGUCAUUGUAAAGAAGGAAACUCUAAAGAAGCCGUUGCGAUGUUAAAAUAUAUGUUGGGAAAAGGUAUUAUUCCCGAUGUACAAAUCUACAAUGCGUUUGUACAUGGUUUCUCGAAGAAUCAAAUGAUGGAAUUAGCGAUGGAAGUUGUCUCCGAGGUUCGGGAAAAGGGUUUAAAUCUCGACGUUUUCGCUUACAGUUCACUAAUUAUGGGUUUCAUCAAGCAAGGUGAUCUACAGUCCGCAUCCCAGUUUUUCGAUGAAAUGCAACUGAGAAACAUUCGUCCGAAUAUCGUCACUUACAAUAGUCUGAUUAACGGACUACGCAAGACGGGUGAUGUUAAAAGAGCAAGAGAGUUGUUUGAUGAAAUGAAGGAAGAAGGUGUGAUGGUUUAGUGAAGUGCUUUGACUUUGCCUUUGACGUUAAUCAAAUUUUGUAACAAACUCAAGUAGCCAAAAGAUAUCGAUACAUUGGAAAUUUUUUUGAAAGAUCCUCGGGAGCCUUCUCAUUUUUUUCUGUAAUCGCAUUGCAUGUUCAAUACGACUAUUGGAUCUGCAAUUGUUACAGAAUAAACGCCUGAUCGCUGUUAGCCAUACGCACAAGCUUCUUUAGGGCAUUUGCAGCUAGAGAAUGAGCAACAGAAAACAAAGAAAAAGCGAAAAAGCGCCUGCAAAAAUAUAUGAACAAGACUAGUUUUAUUUAUCAUGACCAUGACUUAUAAUCUUUAUCAUUGUUUUGAGAACGUAUGUAAGGUUCAGACCAUUUCAUUCAUGAUAUAAUGAAACACUGCUUUUUCAGAUA